AUGCUUCAAGCUCCUAAUGGACGCCUCAUCUACCUUGGCGAUUCAGCUACACUAUCGUGCCUCCAAAUCCUAAGGUUUAUUGUCGGCGAGUUCGAAUCCUGCGAUUUUACAGAUGACCCGAGCCGCCACAAGUUUAUGGAGAACAUGGUAGACUUUGACUCAAACCAGGAGCUCCCAGGAGGCAUUAACCCUCCUACCUCGACUGUUGAGGCACUCUUAACCUCCUUUUUACAAACACACAUGGUCUUCUUGACCUCUUUAAUCGAGCUGAUUUCGAGCGCGCCGUGUACGCCUGCGCGGGCGAUCCUUUCGCAGGGAAGCCUGGAAUACAUAGCCUCAUGUAUCUCAAUUUUGCCACCGGCCUCGUCCUAG